AUGGCAUCAACUCGGCAUCACGUGUUUCUCUUCGGAGACCAGACCGACGACGUGACGUCUGCCGUCCACUCCUUAUACGCCAUAAGCCGACGAUCCGGUCUCCUGACGAAGUUUCUCCGAGAAGCUUCAGAUGUCUGCCAGAUCGAGUUUGGCAAGUUGGAACCGUGCUUCCGUAGCGAGACGCCCCCUUUCGAAUCCCUCCUCGAGCUGUCAGAGCAGCAUGCGAAGACAGAUGGAUCACCAGUCCUAGUAGCAUCUACGCUGUCUUACUUCUCCCGCUUGGGAGAGCUUAUUGUUCGCGCAGAGGAGGACCACACUCUCUUGACAUCGGACCGUAGUAUAAUUGGAUUAUGCAUAAGUUUAUUCCCAGCCGCCCUUGCGGGUACCGCCCAGAGUGCCUCCGAGCUUGCAAAGCUCUCUGUGGAGGCCUUUCCUACAUACUUCGCCCUCGUCGUCAGCAAUCACUACCGAACAAAGCGUAUCGAAUGGGCUCACGGCCACUGGUCCUAUCUGGUGAUGAAGCCAUCAGACAUGGAUCUCCAACCGUUGCUUGAUAGGUUUCACGAGGCACAGGAUGUUCCGGCCCACAGACAUACAUGGAUUGGCGUCGUUGGUCGCACCUGGGUCACAGUCAGUGGCCCGCCGUCAACACUCAAGCAACUCAUUGCGUUCUCUGCCGAGCUGCGAGCUUUACCUGGCAUGGACCUGCCUGUAGCCGGUGCUGUCCAUGCUCCCCAUCUUCCACCGCUCGAGGUCGAUAUACUGGCCAAGAAGUCGGACAUAUGGAACCUUCCUAUCCAACCCAACGCCUGUGUCAUGUCGACGGAUACGUGCGAACGAUAUCCGAUGAAGACGCUGGGAGAAAUACUCCGGCAGAUCGUACCUGAUUGCACACAGGCACGACUGAAGGUUGAUGCGACCAUCACUGCUACGGCCGAAAGGAUUAAGAAAGCUGGUGUUUCCGCAGCUGUCUCUAUUCUAGGCCCUUCAGCACAGGGAGGGGCUUUGAUCAAAGGCCUGAAAAUGGCCAAGAUCGACACCAAGGUGCUACAAAGACCGAACUACAAGCUCGACGCACCACACCGAGCAGGCUCAGGGGCCAUAGCCAUCGUGGGCAUGGCAGGGAGAUUUCCUCAGGCCAAUGAUCUUGAGCAGUUCUGGAAGCUGAUUAUGGAGGGCCGGGCAACUCACGAAACGGUCCCAGCGAAUCGAUUCAGUAUUGCAGACUUUUACGACCCGACGGGAAAGAAGAAGAACAGUACGAUAACUUCUGAUGGCUGCUUCAUGUCAGACCCAGGCAACUUCGACUCCCGGUUGUUCAACAUGUCACCUAGAGAAGCGAUGCAAGUUGACCCCGUCCAUCGAUGCUUCCUGAUGGCUUGUCUGGAAGCUCUCGAGAAGUCUGGAUACAAUCCAGACGGAAACCUGGCAGCGGAGAGCAAGCGGACUGCUGUCUACUUCGGCCAGAUUGCAGACGCAUGGCGAGAGAUCAACAUGCAGCAAGGUGUAGACGUCUUCACCGCCCCGGGUCUCCUGAGAGCGUUCUCUCCGGGACGAGUGAACUACCACUUUGGGUUUGAGGGAGGUUCCUAUAGCUUGGACGCCGCCUGUUCAUCGAGUUCGACUUCCAUCCAACUCGCCUGUGCCGCCCUGAUGAACCGAGACUGCGACAUGGCUCUCGCUGGAGGAGCUCAGAUUUCCAGCAACCCCUAUGAGUUCGCCGCAUUGGCCACAUCUGGCUUCUUGGCGAGGUCCGGUGGCUGCAAGACUUUCCGAGCAGAUGCCGACGGAUACUGUCGUGGUGAGGGUGUCGGAGCAGUUGUACUGAAACGACUCGAGGAUGCGCUUGCGGACAAUGACAACAUCGAAGGUCUCAUCACCGGCUGGGGACGCAACUACUCUGCGGGCGCUUCCUCGAUCACGCACCCUCACCCAGAGUCUCAGGAGAAGUUGCUUCGCCAGGUCCUGCGUCAAGCCAACGCAAAGCCAAGCGAUAUUGGAUACGUCGAAUUACACGGGACUGGCACGAUCGCUGGCGACAUGUCCGAAAUGACAUUGACGACGAGGAUCUUCAACGGCCACUUCAAGCCAGAGAAACCUCUCCACGUCGGAGCCCUCAAGGCCAACAUCGGCCAUUCCGAGGCCGCCGCCGGUGUCUCGUCCGUCAUCAAGGCGGUGCUCAUCACGAAGCGAGGCGUCAUCCCACCGCAGGCGAACAUCAACUCCGAGACCAAGUUCCACCCGGGUUUCGCCAACCUCGACAUGUCCACCAUCAAGAUCGACAUGGAGCCCGCGACGCUGGACAAGACCAAGAACAAGAUUAUGGUCAACAACUUCGACGCUGCGGGAGGAAACACCUGUCUGUUGAUCGAGGGCGCGCCGGCACCCGGCGAGAAGAGCGUCGAUCCUCGAAGCUGGCACACUGUCGCCGUAUCCGCGCAGACGAACCCGUCGCUCAAGGGCAACAAGCAGCGCCUGCUGGACUACCUAAUCAGGCACCCGGAGACAAAGCUCGCAGACGUCGCCUACUCCACGACGGCUCGCCGCAUGCACUACACCCGCAAGUCGCAGUACAUGGCGACUUCGACCGAGGACCUGAUCUCGCAGCUGCAGAAGGACGUCGCGAAAGCGAAGCAGGACAUCAAGGCGGUCAACUCGAGCCCGGACAACGUCUUUAUGUUCACGGGCCAGGGAUCGCACUACUCCGGCAUGGCCCACGAGCUGUACAGCACCAGCCCACAGUUCCGCGCCAACAUGGUCUCGCUCCAGAAGCACUGCCUCUCGCUCGGUCUGCCGGAGUGGAUCGACAUCUUCACCAACCCAAGCGAGGAUCUGGCCGCGUUUUCGGCAACGCAGAUGCAGCUUGCGAUCGUCUGCCUCGAGCUGGCGUUGGCUGAGCUGUGGCAAUCAUGGGGCAUCAAACCCAGCAUGGUUAUGGGACAUAGUCUCGGUGAGUACGUCGCUCUCUGCGUCGCUGGUGUGCUGUCGGUUUCAGACACCCUGUGGCUGGUUGGUAAGCGCGCCACUAUGCUGGAGGCGAACUGCAAGAAGGAUGAGUAUGGCAUGCUCUCCAUGUCGGCCACCGCAUCUGAGGUCGAAACGAUGCUCAAGGAGGGCGGCUUCGAGAAGGACUGCGAGCAUGCCUGCUACAACAGCCCCAAGUCCAACGUCGUCAGCGGACCCGUCGCCAGACUGUCCGAGCUAGAGAAGUAUGUCUCUAAGAAGGGCAUGCGUGCGAAGCUCCUGCAGAUUCCGUAUGCCUUCCACUCCGCACAGCUCGAUGAUAUCUAUGAAGAUUUCAAGAAGGCUGCUGGCAGUGUCGCCUACCUCCCACCUCUAGUACCAGUCGCGUCAACCGUCACGGGCGAGAUCGUUGACAAGGAAGGUGUCUUCAACGCCAACUAUUUAGCCCGUCACGCACGACAGCCCGUUCGCUUCGCCGAUGCCCUGCAGAGCAUCCAGAAGUCGCGAGGAAAAGGCCAGGCGCCGCUCUGGCUCGAGGUUGGACCGAGCCCGAUCUGCUCCACCUUGUUGCGCGAGACUCUGGACGUAAAUGCAUCGGAGCUGCUCACAUCCAUGAAGUCAGGGGAGAACAACUGGAAGACAAUUGCCACCUCCAUGGGACGUGCCUACGUCGCCGGUUCGUCACUCCACUGGCCCGAGUUCCACAGACAUCACACCGAUUCUUUGAGGCUCCUGGAUCUGCCGACCUACUCAUUUGACUUGAAGUCGUACUGGAGGGCUUUCACGACCGCGACCGGCGCCUACAGCGGGAUCUUUGUAGGCGAUGGUCCGCCAGCGGAGUUGUUGGCCGCGGCCGAGCCCGAAACGCAGUCGAAAUUCGUGCCGACAGCCAUGGUCCAGAAGCUUCAAGAUGAGACGGUCGAGCCUGAUAGGGUCGAAGUCACUUUCACGACUAGCGUUGCGGAUGAGCGGGUGCGCGGGGUUAUCAGAGGGCACAACAUCGAAGAGACCUGCAUCUGCCCAGCCAGCGCAUACGUCGACAUGGCCCAAACCGCUGCCCAAUACGUGCACAAGCUGGCCCUGCCAGACAAGAAGUCGCUCGGAACGCUCGUCGACCUCGAGCUCAUCAACCCGCUGGUACUCAAGGGCGAGGAGAUCACCCAGCUGGUCGAGAUAAAGGCCAUCGCCGAAAAGAAGGACGACUGGACCGUGUCCGUCAGCUUCCGCUCCAACACCGAGGGCGGCAAGUUCGACGACAACGGGAAGUGCAAGGUCCUAGCCGCCGACCCGGCCGAGAAGAAGCCCGAGUGGGCUGAGAAUGCCGAGCUCGUCAAGAAGCGCAUCCACGCCCUGAUGAACCCGGACGCCGACUCCGAGGUCCAGCACCUGCGCCACCGCAUCCUUUACAAGCUCUUCGACAACCUGGUCAAGUAUGGCAAGCGGUACCAAGGUAUCACAGAGGCGUAUGUCGACUACGACAUGCACGACGCGGUCGCCAAGAUCAAGCUGGUGCCCACCCCCGACUCAGACAAGGGCGCCUUCGUCAUUGACCCGUACCACAGCGACACCCUCGUCCACCUGGCUGGCUUCCUGCUCAACAGCGACCACGACGACUCCGACGGGCUCCUCAGCUUCUCCUCAGGCCUCAACGGCAUGAUGAUGGCGGCCAAGAUGGAGCAGGGCAAGGAGUACCUCAGCUAUGUGCGCAUGCUGACCAACGCCAAGGGAGAGUCCAUCGGGGACAUCUACAUCUUCGACGGAGAAGAGGUUGCUGGAGUCAUCGCGGGCCUCAAGUUCCAUCAGAUGAGACGUGCGGUCAUGAAGCUCACCCUUGGAUUGCACACCGGAGCCGGAGUUCCGCAACCGGCGGUCGUAGAAGCUGCUCCACUAGCGAACGGCGCGCCAAACAAGGCAGUCGCCGCGCCAGCUGCAGCUGCUUCGAAGGGUAGCAUGGCCGAUGCAUUCAUUGCUGCGCUCAUCUCCGAGACCGGUGUCGACCCCGACGACAUGGAAGACUCGACCGAACUGUCAGAGCUGGGCGUCGACUCGCUCAUGGGUGUCGCCAUCCUGCAGAAGGUCCAGCGGGACACCGGAGAGACGCUACCCGCGACGAUCUUCUUCGAACUCCAGACCGUCGGUGACGUCAGGGCUCAUCUCGGCGGCGACGGCGCAGACGGCGGCAACUCGUCGUCCGAGGAAAAUUCGCGGGACGAUCUCGUGACGCCCACAUACGCCACGAGCGUCUCAUCCCAGACGGACGAGGACGGCGAGGCCAAGCGCGUCGACCCGGCGGACCUGACGAAGAAGUUCACCAGCAACGUGGCGCUCCUGCAGGGCGACGUCAAGUCCAAACAACGGCCGCUGUUCUUCGUGGCCGGCUCCAGCGGCACGGCGUCCAUCUACACGCAACUCCCAAAGCUCGGUUCCGGCACGCCCGUGUACGUGCUCGAGACGCCGUUCCUCGAGUGCCCGCACGAGAUGCGGUACACGCCCGAGGAGAUCGCGCCCGUCUACGUGGCGGCGAUGAAGGCGGCACAGCCCGCUGGACCGUACCUGCUCGGCGGGUACUCGGCGGGCGCGGUGCACGCGUACGAGAUGGCGCGGCUGCUGCUCAACGGCGGCGAGGAGGUGGAGAAGCUGAUCCUGGCGGACAUGAAGGCGCACCGGCCGCACGAGACGUGGACGGAGGCGCCGCGGCCCGAGGACCUGGAGGGGGGCGGACCCGGCGGCGCCGGCGGGGCGGCGUCGAUGGCGGCCAUGGCGGCCGUGGACAAGAACUUCAAGGCGAUGCGGUCGUGGGAGCUGGCGCGCGCCAACCGCUUCGCGAGCCUGCAGUGCAUGUACGCGUGGCGGCCGACGCCCAUGGUGCCGUCGCGGCGCCCGACCAAGGGCACCGUCAUGGUGUGGGCGCGCUGGGGCAUGUGCGAGCGCUUCAAGGUCCCCGGCAUGGAGGCCGACCCCGUCGUCAACCCCAUGGCCGCCGAGAGCCGCGACUACAAGAACUGGUUCUACUCGCGCCGCCACACGUACAACGCCAAUGGCUGGGAUGUGCUGGUGGGCGAUGUCGAGACCCAUGUCGUCGAUGGCGACCAUUGGAACAUGCUGGAGCCGCCCUAUGCUGCGGAUCUCACCAAGAAGAUCAACGAGGCUAUUGUAAGCCUGUAA